CCCCAAAUUCCACUACCUCCGCUCCGCUCCGCUCCGGUCCGCCCCCGCCUUCCGCAGCCGCUCGCUUCCGAACUCAAUUUUUACUAGUCUCCGCUCCGCCCCGCUCCGCUCCGGUGCGAAGACCCAAGGUGCGCAAACAAGCAUGCGCGGGAUUUUCAUGUCCUCGCGAUACAGUCCGAAACAAAUGCGGAAGUUUGAGCCAAACAAGUCAUUGUGUGGGAGAAGUUUGGAGAAGAACUGUUUUAUCUGCCGAUCAUUUGAUUUAAGAUAUCAGCAAGUGUUUGGAUCAACAAUGGGUGAGUACGUUGACAGUAGAAACAAUAUUUAUGGCUUAUUUUUGUGCAUUUAAAGUCCAACCACCAUUGAUAGUUGUUACAAGAAAACGUUUAUAUGUAAUUGAACUAGAUUGGAGCUUGUUUUUCUAGUCUAAUGUGCAUAAUUGCUGUUGCAGAAGCACAUGUUAGCCGAAGAAGAACUUUAGCUCUCCUUUUGCUACUGGAUUUGGUUCAUCAGAGAAGAAGGAGCAGGUUCUGGGUGCACCCACUGAACCAACAAAGAAGAAGCCAAGGGGACUUCUACCAUCUUGUUGCAGAGCUGCGACUGGACAGCCAGAGGCACCACCAGUACUUCCGCAUGUCUGCAGAGAAGAUGGAUGAGCUUCUGUCCCUUGUUGGACCAGAGUUGAGAAGACAGUCUACAUCCUUCAGAGCAGCUAUUGAACCUAAACAACGACUAGCUGUUGGAAUAAGGUUUUUGGCCUCCGGUGACUCCUUUGUCAGUCUGGCUUUCAGCUACCGUCUUGGCCAGACUACGGUCAGAAACUCUGUCCACAUGGUGUGUGCUGCUAUUGAGAAAGUGAUGAUGGGCCAAUAUCUGCCACCCCCAACUGAUGAAAUGUGGAAGACCGUAGCACAAGGCUUCUGGGAGAAGUGGAAUUUCCCUAACUGUUUGGGGGCAUUGGAUGGGAAACAUAUACACAUUCAAGCUCCACCACGCUCUGGAAGCCAGUAUUUCAACUAUAAAAAGACCUUCUCCAUUGUGCUGCUGGCUCUGGUGGAUGCAGACUACAGAUUUCGGGUGAUCCAGGUGGGGGACUUUGGAAGAAGCAGUGAUGGAGCUGUCUACGCUGGCUCAGCACUGGGGAUUGGAAUGGAGAGAAGAACGCUUCAUGUGCCUCCCCAUGCCCCCCUCCCUGGUGCUGCUGAUGCUACCCCUGUGCCCCAUGUCAUGGUGGCGGAUGCAGCUUUUCCACUGAAGCCGUACCUGAUGAGGCCAUACCCCGGGCAUAAUCUGACUCACAGGAAAAGAAUCUUCAACUACAGGCUGUCAAGAGCACGUAUGGUAGUUGAGAAUGCAUUUGGCAUUCUUGCCUCUAGAUGGAGGAUUUUUUACAGGCGAAUACACCUCCAUCCUGACAAGGUGGACAGUGUUGUUCUUGCUGCAUGCAUUUUGCACAACUUCUUGAUUGCACCAAGUGAGAACCAAGCAAUCUUGGACGAAGCUAACCAACAGACCACACACAUGGUACCAGUGAGAGACAUGGGUCCAAAUCGGGCAUCCAGGGAGGCCUGCAACAUCAGGGAGAUUUUUUGUGACUUUUUCAUGUCUCCUGAGGGCAGUGUGGCUUGGCAGGACAGAAUGGUGUGAAAUGGGAAAUAAGUCCUGCAGCUGAAACAGUGUUGAGACACUGUGCAAUCUGUGUGCAUCUUAUUUUUUUACAAGUUCUCAACUGUGUCGUGAUUUUUAAAACUGUUUAACCACAAAUAAAUGUGUGCAUGUUUCCUAAAUAAAAGUAUUAUUUGACUUUG